CCGGCCCGCACCUGCCGGAUCUGCAGGCACCUGCCGGGCCAGCACCCGCCCGGCCCGCACCCGGCCCGCACUUCCGUCUCGGCCCCUCCGCCCGCCCUUUGCUCUCCUUCCCCGCCGCUGUGCGCUUCGAGGGCGCGUCUCGGUGCCUCCCUCGCCACACGGUCCCAGCGAGGUCCCUCGGGUCCCCAGGGAGCCGCACCUGGAAGAUGCGCCCAGGGACGACCGGCACUCUGAAGGCUGUGUUCUUCCUCUUCGCGUCCAUAUGUGCCUGGUAUUCUGGGUACCUGCUCGCAGAGCUCAUUCCGGAGGUAUCCCUGUCCAGUGCUGCUUAUAGCAUCCGGAACAUUGGUGAGAGGCCCGUCCUCAAGGCCCCAGCCCCUAAAAGGCAGAAAUGUGACCACUGGACCCCGUGCCCCUCGGACACCUACGCCUACCGCCUGCUCAGCGGGGGCGGCAGGGACAAGUAUGCCAAAAUCUGCUUUGAAGACGAGCUGCUUAUAGGAGAAAAGACUGGAAAUGUUGGAAGAGGAAUAAAUAUUGCCAUUGUCAACUAUAUGACUGGGAAAGUGAUGGCAACACAGUAUUUUGAUAUGUUUGAAGGAGAUAACUCCGGACAGAUGAUAAACUUUAUUCAGAGCGCACCGUCAGAGUCGUUGCUUUUCAUGGUGACCCACGAUGAUGGAGCCAGCAGGUUGAAGGAGGACGCCAAGAAGGUCAUAGAAGGACUUGGAAGUAAACACAUCAGGAACAUACAGUUCAGGUCGAGCUGGGUGUUUCUCACAGCCAAAGGCCUUCAACUUCCCGAAGAAAUUCAGAGAGAAAGUAUCAACCACUCUGACAGUGCAAGGAACAGAUACUCUGGCUGGCCUGCAGAGGUACAGAUAGAAGGCUGCAUACCGAAAAAAACAAGCUAACGUUGCGCGACCUUAAUAAAUAGGUUAUGUAUAGACCAA